CAUUUCUUCCAAUGUCAAGCCAUACCUCGAUUGCUAUCCAUCACCAACGAUCGGACUGAACAUGAAUACAAGAAUGGAGAAUCAGUGAGCAUAACAUAUGGACGAACCCUAAACCUAGCAUGCUCAGUGGAAAGCGCAAGACCACCUGCAGAACUGGAGUGGCAAGUUCCUGAAGAAGUACAGGUUCGACUAGGAGAUCAGUUUAACGCUGUUCAUGAUGACGCUUACGUCUCUAGACGAGUUGUUUCUGUAACUCCGUCCAAGGACGACGAUGGAAAGGUUUUCCGUUGUGUGGCUUCGCAUCGGAAUCUGGAUAAUGAACUUCAAUUGUUCAUCCACCUCGAUAUUCAAGUACCGCCAAGUAACCUCCUGCUUACCGCGUAUGGAUCCAUAACUACUAAUGCACAAGCGUCAAAAAGUGUCAAUGUCUUCGAAGACUCGGCAACAUCAUUCACCUGCAAGAGUAUAGGAUCCCGACCUACAGCUCUCAUAUCAUGGAUCAUUGGUUCAGACGCCGACCUGGGUAGCACGACCUCUACGUCUACAACGAAUGAGGCCGACCGAGGUUUACGUGACACAAAUUCCUCUCUACAGUUGAUUCCGAAAAGAAGGCAUCACAAUCAACUUCUCUUAUGUGUGGCCUUUGCUGGUAUGAACCAACGUCAAGCAGAAGUGAGGGUUAUCGUCUUUGGACCACCAGAUCCUCCCUACCUAAAUGGAAUAGAAGGUUUGCAGGAUGGGGUGUCCUCAAAUGUGACUUGCACAUCGGACAACGGCUACCCAGCACCAACUUUCCUAUGGUACCUUGGAACAAAGAACGUCACCAAAUAUUCUUAUACACAGUCUUUGGGGAAUAAAAAUCAUCGAAAGGAUGCAAUAAGUUUGUUCACUUUCACACCCACGGUAGACAAUCAUGGGAAACUCCUUGUCUGCCAGGUUUUUCAACCAAACGCUGCAUCCAUGGAGUAUCGGAGUGUCAGUGAGGUUCUUCAAGUUCUUUAUUCUCCUGUCAUUGUGGACUUCUCUGUUCGUCGUGUUUCCACUGGUCACCAGAGCCUUGAUGCAAUCAUUACAUGUACAUCAGAUAGCAGGCCCUUAGCCUCAAUAACUUUGUUCUCGAAUAGCAUUGAACUCAACAACAGCACCCGCCAUCAGAUUCACCGCAGUCUUCUACAAGAAGAUACCUCGAGGUCGAGUAUUCUGGUUAUUUCUAAUAUUUCGGCAGAAGACGAUGGCAACUAUACAUGUUUGGCAGACACGAGGCUUGGGAACGACAGCGCAACUAUAACCUUGUCAUAUUCUGGUAAACCUUUCACUAUCAGACCAAGGCGCAUGUAUGUACAAUGAUCAUGUCAUAUUGUUUAAAAUGACAGAUUGUCUGGUGCAGUGAUGUGCCAUUGAUAAUCCCAAAUGAUAAACAGGAACAGUAUGACACUGUUAUGAAUGUGUAACCUAGGUAAUGAAAUGACAUCAAGUUACAGUAACUAUCGGGCGAUGUAGAACUUGGUCUUACGGUAGAUUAAUGUGUCGAAUUAUAGAAAUAGUUGAUGGUUGAAGGGAUUAUUACAUGUCCGACAAUAUUCCGGUGAAAAAAUUAUAUGGGUUUGUUUCGACAGAAAUACAUUGUAAAGGUCAUGCCUGUAUUUAAAGUUGUAUUAACGUUAGGUGUUGGGUUAGGGUUACUGUUUGGUUUAGGUAAAGGAUUAUGCUCAAGUUUGAAUUUAGCGUUCGGUUUGUCACGGGAACAUGUGACGUACAGCCGUCACUACGACAGUACGAUAUGAUAUUAUACAUAAAUUAAUCGUAUUGAUUAGAUAGUUUUUGAUGUUAUGGUAACAAAAUUAUAUUUUAGUACAUGAAACUGUUAAUAUAUUUUUAAAACUACUCCCAGGGAUUCCAGAUCCGCCUUAUGAGUUCAACGUAGAUCAAAACCAGACGAGAUCGUCUACUCUCUUCGUUACUUGGCAACCAGGAAUUGAUGGUGGGCUUCAGUGAAAUAUCACUUUGGAGCGUAUUACGGGGAAAAAUUAUUAAAUAAAUUUUGUAUGUAUCGAAAAGAAAAUAUAUAUGCAUUCAGUCUUUUACAAAUAAUUAUUGAAAUAUAGGUUCAUGCGUAUACAUUGAAAAUAUGAACAUGAAUACAGCUCGCCAUUAAUAAAAAAGCACACUCUGUCGUUUGGAUGUGGACAUGGUGAGACACUCAUUAUUAAAUUCUACUUUAUUUGUUCAUUUCAGUGUUGGCAUAAUACAAAACGUGAUUAUGAAUCAAUGGCUGAAUUACUCACAUUUCACAAGAAACUUGGACAAUAUAAUGACACACAAGAAUGCAAAUGGUAUGACUAUACAGACGCAAGAUGAUAAUGGGGACAGCUUGACCACUGUAGUUUAAAUAAUAAGGGAAGAAGAUAAAUGAAACAAUCAAUAUCAGUCAUAAAACAUAAUUCGUAAUUCAAUGGAGACUGAAAAAGAAGGUUAAUGCAUUUAGAAUAUGUAAAAAGGGAAAUAUAAUUCUAAAGGAAGAUUUGAGUAUUAAAAUGUGUACAAAUAUUGGAAAACUAAAUGCUUUUUAAGUGGUCAAUAAACAUUUUAAUUUUAAUCGGGAUUCGAAAGGUGAACAAGUUUUUGUUUAUAUCGUAUUAUAAUCUAGUAUUUAUUGUUUUAUGAUCUAGUUAAUUGGAUAUUGCUGGUAGGUAUUUUCUUUACCUAAGUUUAUUGCACGACAAAUUAAACAUAUCAUUAAUUGAACCAAUAACUAAAUAACUAAAAACCAGAGGUGGGAUCAUUGUAUCGUCCUCACAAUCAACAUUCCCUCAUUGUUUUCAUUUUACUUUAAAUUUGGACGCACGAAGUGAAUGAGGUAGGAGAGAGCACUGCUUUAUUAGCGCCCUGAUUUUUCCAAUAAUAGAAGAAGCCAGGUGUUAAAGUUUUACGUUAGUCUGGUCAAAUCUUUGACCGGACGCAAUACCAUCCUCUCCCGUCUUUCAUCGAGGGUGGACAGUCCCGGUUCUUAGAUUUAUGUUUUUUACUGGAAAUUGCGUUCAUUUAUUUAUUUACAGUUCUCUUUCACCAGGGUUGCCUCUUUAUUUAACAAAGUACUUUCCCUGAGGGCCUGCACAACGAAACAAAUUUUGUUUAAUGUAAAAACAUAAUAAAUACAUAUUGCACAUAUAAAUAACAUAAGAAACCAAAGUUAUGAAAACGAAGAUAAAUAAAGUACUAAUUAAUAAUAUGAAUACAAUAUUGGA